AUGCCAACAGUGUUGGCAACGGUCUGCUACGUAGCCCGGUUAAGUAGUAUUAUCCCUAGAGACGCAAUAUGUCUUCCUUCCACAUUACACCGUUUGUUUUUAUCUUCUCUUAUUUUGAGCUGUAAAUUCCAUAAUGAGGCAGCACCUUCUUUUAGACAAUGGGUCGAUUAUAGUGGAGACUAUUUUACGCUUCAAGACCUAGUGGCAAUGGAGAAGGAAAUGAUGAACUUGCUAGAUUAUAAUUUGUUGAUUAAAAGUACAGAAUUUUUUUCUGUAUUGAAUCCCUUAUUGGAGCCAAUUUCUCAAGAUUUAAAACAUAUAAUCCUACAAAAACAAAAAGUAAAGAACGUUCUCCAAAUAACCUAUAAACCUCACAGACGUACAUAUCGAAUAUCAGACAAGAAUAUAGGGCCGCCGGGAUGUUUCUCCCAGAGUGCUCUGCAGAGUCUGUUAUUGAUAUUAGAAAUUUGCUAA